GGCCAUCGACGCGAGGUCGAUGCCACGCGGGACCGACCCGAAGCCGCCCAACCAGCUCGAGAAGGACAAGCCCAAGACCCGGCCGCCCAAGGACGCGACGACGCUUCCAUCGCCAAAGCCCCGCAAGCAUGUACGGCCGCGCACCGAGUUGCCUGCUACCGUCAUGCCCAUGGGCGAGAAGCGCAAGGUAGACGUCGCGGCCAAGAUGCCUGCCCACAUGGGCAGCAUCACGUUCGAGGCCGACAUGCCGGGGGGCAACAGCGGCAUGGAGCUCGAGAUCUUAAAGGCCAUCAUUCUCCGCGAAGACUAUGUGGCACGGCUUCUCGAGAUGAGUCAGAGCGACGCCCCGCACGCGCUCGUCGGAGCGAUGGCCAACACCCUCGACCUGCUUCGCAUCACGACAGUCGAAGUCGUCGAGGCGAUAUUGCAGUGGCGCAAGCAGCAGCAAAAGAACCUUCCGUUCAAGUGGAACGGGAUCAACUACCUUCUCAAGUUGCCCUCGGAUUUGAAUUUUCUUCAGCAGUGCGACGUCAUGGUACGCUGGCUCGGCUUUUCCAUGGAGCGAAACCCGUUCAUUAUGCCCGACAACCUCGACAAGCGCAGCGACGACGCCACACCGUUCACCCCUCCAACGACCAAUGUUGGCGCCGUCGACACGUUCUUAGAGGUCGGUGGGGUCCCAGUGUCUCCUCUGCGCCCGUUGCGCUCGCCCCAAGCCCAAGCCGCGCGCCAGCCCAAGCUUCGAUCGGCGUACGAGACGCGCAUCAUCAACGACGAAGAGCUCGUGCCGCGCCAGCUCACGAGCGCCGACGCCAAUGCCAGUAGCACACCGUCCGUGCGGUCGCGGGCCACGUAUGUGUUGCCGAGCCAGAUCGGCAACCUCGACGUCUUGCGCAUCCGGGCAGCUGAAAAGGUCGUCUUGGCCGAGGAAGAGCUCUGCGGCCGGUAUGCACGGGACCUCUACGGACGCAUCGUGCCAGAGGCUGUCGCCAAGCAGCAGAUGAAGACAGUGGCUAUCCAGCGCGCGUACGCAGCAUCGACGCGGGAGCUACAGGAGGCUUCUACCAUCGAGGUGCACGAGCCGGUUGUCGAGGCCCCACCGCGACCACGCCCCACCGAACUGCGCAAGUCGACGACCGUCCCCUCGAGCGCGCAAGUGGUCGACACGACCAAGCUCAAGCAAGCUGGCAUGCUCGCACCGACCACAAAGCUCGCUAUGGAGAACCGCAUUCGGUACCCGAUGCAACGCUCGCGUGGCGCUCGAAUGGAGCAGGACCUCGAGCAAGCUCGCGUGGUCAACGCCCAGCUCGAGCACCACAUUGCACAUCUCCGCGACACGAUUGCUGCGGAAGAAGCGGCGCUCCCACUGGACACGUCGGCCACGUCACUGCCAACACCAACACUCGAGAUGCUCCGACGCGAUUUGCAAGUCCAAGUCGACCUCUUUGCGCGCAAGGCGACCGAGAUAUCGCGCAAACAGCAGGCCAUGGAAGCGUUCAAGUUGGCGCAAAAGUCGGCGGCUGAGAAGCAGCGCCAAGCCGAGCUCCUUCGCCGCCGCCACAUGGACGAAGCGCUUUUGGCACUCGAGCGCACCAAGCUCGUCGAAGUGGCCUCCGCGACGCACAUCCAGCGCAUCAUCCGCGGUAUCCUCACGCGCCAACUGUACAAGACUGUCCGCAUUCGGUUCACGAUUGCCAGCACGUACAUCCAAGCGGGGGUCCGCGGCUUCCUCGCACGACGUCGUGUGCAUCGCCUCUAUGUGCGACACAAGGCAGCGAUUCGUAUCCAGUGUGCGGCACGCGGUCGCCUCGCGCGGAACGCCACGCGUCUCGAGCGCUUGCUCCAGCAACAGCAAAAGGCGGCCAUCAAAAUUCAAAAAACGUUCCGCGGCAAGCGUGGCCGCCAUCGCAUGCGUGCGUACCGUGCUCUCUGCGACUCGAAGCGACGCAUGGUGGAGAUUGCACACAACCUCUUUGAGUUUGAGCUCGUGGCCAUGGGCGCCGCUCUCUGCGCGUACGCCAAGUUUCCCACGUCGCACUACACACUCAAGCCUUCGUACAUGGUGCUUGGCGUCGUCCGCCUCGUCCAGUCCGUCUCUCUUUCGUGCAUGAGCGUGGAAGACCGCGAUGCACGGUCGACGCCUGUCCAUGACAUGCGCUGGAUGGAGGCCGGGCAGUACCUUCGCCGCGCCGCGCGCCUCCUCCGCUACCUCACGACCAUCUCGGCGGCCGCGGCGCGUCGCACGAUCGCGCUCUUGCCCGAGACACGCACACUGCUGGAAGCGUACAAGAACGACGUCAACUUUGGCAUUGCACACCUGGCGUCUGCGGCAUUAGGCGCGAUGGAGCGGCCGUCGACGCUCCUACUGGAAUGGAUCACGCACCUCGACGUCGUCCAGCGGGUGCAGAGCACGUUUCUGUCGGCGACGCCAGUCUGCACGCUCGAUCUAUCGCAGUACGAAGCCGACGACCGCGCCGAAGAUGCCAAGUGUGCGCUCGAAGACUACCACAGCGAACGCCAGUUUGUGCCAUUGGCUCUCAUCCAAGACUGCCCCAAGCGCACACGACCGAUAUUGCUCGUGCUCUCGCGCGAGUUGCCCGGCCACGCCAAGGACGUCCUUGUCGCGCACAUCAACGCGGCGUUUCCGGGCCUCUUUUUGCGCAUCAACAGCCAAGACCCGAUAGCGCUCGCGACGAUGCAGCCCGCUUUCGAUGCUGGCUACAGUGUGCUCUUGGACGCGGACAUUGGGCUCAGCAUCGGGCAGCAGCGCAUUUUCUUGGGCCAGUUUGCCAUCGUGUCGCGGGCGCUUCGCCCAACACCACUCUCGAUCUUGCUGCAAGGGUCGCUCGCCAACCGCGCUGGCUUGGGCUAUGCCGCCGGCACGUACGGUGUCUCCGAGCUGGACGCGUCCGUCAUGGUCGAUGGCGACGCCAAACACGAGAUCCAGCUGGCAGCCGACGGCCUGCACACGCUCACGAGCGGUCGACUGGACAAAGAGAUGGUCACGAUGAGCACGAUGGAUUGUCCGCCCGUCGCGCUCGUGCUCGUGAUGGAAGCGACGCUCAUCUUGCUCACACCGUCGCAGCGGUUCGUGUCGCCCGCCAACACGACAUCGACCGUCACCUGGCGUUUGAGCCGGCGCCUACUGAGUGCACCUGCUGUCUUUACUGCGAUGCUGCAAGCCCUCGACGUCCAGUACAUUCCUUAUGAAAACGUUGCCGUGCUGCGCGAGUACCUCGACUUGGCCGAGUGGCCCGUUGAUAAUGACUCGACGGGCACCCUCCUCUUCCGCCUCGCGCUCUUUGUUCGCGCUGUGACGCGCUACGCGCAUGCGAUCCAGAGCCGCGGGGGCGCGGCCGAGGUCGUGACGCGCACCAAGCCGAUUCCAGGCCUCUUUAGCAACGUCAUUACGAUCACCGACCCGGUGGACGAAGACGACUGGUCGUAUAAAGACGCGAUGGCGCAGAUCACGAGCGCGAUUCUGCAAGACGUGCGCGUGCACCGGCAGUCGGUCAAGAUCGGCGACCGGUACCACGUGGUGUCGCUCUACCGCGACUGCCAUCGCGUCUACGUGACCGUGUACGACCCGCUCACGUCGCACUUGCUUCGCACCGAGAUCCCCGAGACCUUUAUGAAUACGCUCUUGGCGCCCAACUCGUUCGAAGCCGCCCAAAACAAGCAAGCGCCGUCGACGCCAUUGGAGCUCUACCAGCGAGUCGUGGGCUUCACGACGCUCGCCAAGCCCAAGGGCAUCAACAUGCAGCCAAUCGUCGAGCUCCGGCCCCACGCCGUGCGGUUGACCAAGGUCGGCCGGCACAUUCACGGCCACUUUGCCUCGAUUGUCGUCUCGGAGAUUGCGCUCGGCCACGUGCGCUUGGGCGUCUUUGUCCACGAUGUGUGGAGUGCCGGGCGACUCGCAUGGACGCUGGACGUUGACGAAGCGUUUCUGCAGCAGCUCAAGCUCGAUGCGUCCGACCCGCUCGAGCUGCAGGCGUAUCAAGACAUGAACGUCCAGGCGUUGUACCAGUACGUCCUCGACCGCGUGCACAUUGAAGCGGCCGAGCUCUCCAAGCCCGUGCUCCACCACGUCAGCCGCCGCGUCCCUCGCAACAUUGUCACGACGCCCCACGACUUGCGCGUUCGCAUUCGCAAGCACGGUGGAUCGGGGCGCCUCCUCCUUCGUAGCACAAUGCACCUGCGUCCUCAAGCGCUGCGCUGGGUCGUCUCUGUGUUUGACAUUUCGAUGACGGAGACGCUGCGCAUUGAGGCCUACCGCCCCGAAGCCUGCAUCAAACGGUCGGUGCUCGUCUCGUCCCGGGAGCGCCACGAGCUGCUGCUGUCACCGCGACGCGUGGUGUCGACGCUCUCACCGCUUUGGCUGCAACACAUUUUGUCGCAACUUGUCAUGACAGUCGACGGCGCCUUGGCCCUAGAUUUGGAAUUGACGACCACCGGUUUUUACCUGCCCUUGCACCCGGACCACUCCAAGUUGGCGCGCAAGCCUGGGAUCAAGGUUAUCGUGAGCGCCAAGCUCUGCGCCAUGGCCUCCGUGUACGGCCUCUCGCUCCACAUUUACUUCCCCAUCACGAGCACGACGCAUGAACUGCGUCUCGCCGAUGCGCAGAUCCAGUCGGCCAUCUCGCUCGUGUGGCCCAGUACCUCGGCCAUCGAUCGCCGACGCGUCAUCUUGGCACUCCUCGGGCUCUGUGCCUACGACACUGACGAGUGCGUCGUGCGGCUCACAUCGCCGUCCGGCUUUGUCGAGUUCUCUGUGCAGAUACGACCGGUACCCAGCACCUCAGCCUCCGCGGCAGUGGCAUCGGCGCCCGUCAUCGAUACCCGCCCGCGGGACGCCGCAUCUAUCGACGUUGAUUUGCUGCAAAACACGGUGCGAAUGCUGGACGCGCCAAGCGAACCACUCGUGCUGGUGUACGACGCGCCACUCCGCGUGCACUCGAGCUCAUACCGGUGCAACGGCACGCUGUUGCGCGUCGAUGUGACUAUGACAGCGUACCUCAAGCCAGUGCGCGAGCCUAACAAGCCAGGGCUGCCCGAUAUCCUUCGCGAGGCCGACUGGUUUGACAUGGCGCUGUCGUUUUACCACCCCGACUCGAGCACGAGCUGCGAAGCGCAUGUCGAUGGCCUCCACGACCUGCGCGAGGUCGCCGGGCCCGACGCCCAGGACCUUGUUGGCUCGGGCACCGUGCCCGAGUUGCUCCGCCACAUUGUCAUGCACCGCCUCGACCGCACGCUCUCUGAUGACGCACUGCGCGUCGUGUUGGUCCGUUCACGGAUGUUUACGCACCGCAAGGCGACGCCCGUGAAUGCGGCCAUGGACGCCGAUGCGUUUGCCCAAGACGGCCACCUCAUUGAGCUCGCUGACGCGCGAGGCAUCAAACUCCUUUCGCAAGUCAAGCACCUGCGCCAGCACGCAGUCAUUUGCACCGUCUUUGACGUCACACCGACCAAUGCCAAACGAGACGCGGCGCUGGCACUGCGUGUCGACGGGUACAUUGCCGCCAGCAGCAAGCAACUCUCCAUGUGGAUCAACGGCGCUGCGCUGCGCGAGGCCAUUGGAGCUGACGUGCACCUAAUGCGCGAAGCGGAGGCGCAGAACUUGGCCGCGCAUGUCGUCGACCUCUUGGACGUCGAGGUGAAUGGCGACGAGAUUUACCGGCUCUAUGUCAAGGAAGUGAUCACGCCGUCCAGCCGCCUCGGCGCCGCCGACGAGGUCGGCACCGACAAGACGCGCAAAGCGCCGUGCUUGCUCAAGGCGAUUCGAACAGUCGGUGGCCAGCGCGUGCUGCUCGGCGUCUACGACACGCAGAGUGCAACGCCCGACGCGCCUCUCCGCGUCGACUUUUACCAGCCGUCGUCGUCGCUCUCGACGUCAUUUGCGGUGCCGCUGACGCAGCUGCGCACGCACAUCGCGCGUGGCGCCGACUGGGACGCACGUGCGAUGUCCAAGGACGACCUCCAAUCGGCGCUGCACGAGAUGCUUUCCCACUUGAAUGUGGCCCAAGUCGAGAUGGAGUGCGGCACGAACCUCUUUGUCGAGUGGGCCAGCGUAACCUCAUAACGCUACGCGCGUGUCAUCCGUUAGUCUCUCGUAGAUAGAUAGAUAGAUAGAUAGAUAGA